AUGCCCGACUACGACGACGAUAUGCUCCCUCCACCUGCGACUCCUUCACAGGACCGUACCUACGGCGGCAACAACGCAUUUCACAACUUCUUUAACGACUUUUCUCACAUCUCUGACCCUAACCUACGCCGAAGACUUGCCUUGUCUGAGAUUGACAAGGUCCCUUUUGGCGCAUACCAUGUUCGCGCAGUAUUAGUGGCAGGCGUUGGAUUUUUCCUCGACUCCUACGACAUAUUUGCCAUCAACCUUGUAACUGCUCUGCUUGGUGUUGUCUUCUGGGGUGACCCAAACCCCCAGAACGGCUUCAGCGGUAACAAUGGAUACCUCCCCGACCCGGUGAACCAGGCCUUCAAAGCUUCUACCAGUGCAGGAAUCGUCAUCGGUAUGGUUGUGUUUGGCUGGUUGGCAGACCCAGCGAUGGGUUCAACUGGCUUGCUCAUCUUCUGGCGGAUCAUCAUGGGCAUUGGUAUCGGUGGCGAUUAUCCACUAUCCAGUGUAAUUACGUCGGAAUUUUCGCCGACGAGGUGGCGCGGCGCCAUGGUGGCUGCCGUCUUUUCCAUGCAGGGUCUUGGACAGCUUGUUGCAGCCAUCGUAGCCCUUAUCACGACCGUCGCUUUCAAGGAAUCGUUCAUCGGCGCUGCUAACGAGAGCAAAUGCGGAUACGAAUGCCGCCUGGCUGCCGACCGAGCAUGGCGAAUCAUCAUUGGAGUGGGCGCAGUACCGGCCUGCAUUGCUCUCUAUUACCGUAUCACCAUCCCCGAAACGCCUCGAUAUACCUUUGAUAUCGAACACGAUGUGGAGAAGGCUGAUGCCGAUAUCAAGGCAUAUGUGGCGAGUAAAUCCAAGGGCUCAUUCGAUGUGGUACACCAGGUCAGGACGAAACGCAUUGCUGGGCGCAAUCUCAACGUGCCACGUGCUUCUUGGUCUGACCUUGUCGCCUUUUUCCGUAUAUGGGCUAAUUUCAAGAUGCUUCUGGGCACUACAUUGUCCUGGUUCUUCUUGGAUCUCGCAUUCUAUGGCCUUGGCCUCAACAACACCGUGGUUCUCCAGGCAAUUGGAUAUGGCACAGGUGAUACGCUUUACGAAAAACUUCACAACCAGGCAGUGGGAAUGAUCAUCUUGACUUGUGCAGGCUCUCUACCUGGCUAUUGGACUGCCAUCUUUACUAUCGACACCUUCGGUCGCAAGCCACUCCAGGUGAUUGGCUUCUUUCUCCUUACAAUCCUUUUCUGCAUUCUCGGGUUCGCAUACAAAAGCUUGACGCGGGGAGCCUUGCUUGCCCUGUACAUCAUUGGCCAGUUUUUGUUCAACGCCGGCCCAAACACGACUACGUUUAUUGUCCCAGGAGAAUGCUUUCCUACACGAUAUCGAUCUACGGGCCACGGAAUCUCGGCGGCCAUGGGCAAGAUUGGAGCUAUCAUUGCUCAGUGCAUCAGCAUACCCCUGGUGCGUCAGGGUUCUGCCGAGGAUUGCAAGGGUGCCGAAUGCUCGCCAAACCUGCACCGCCUUCUCCAGCUCUUUGCCCUGUUCAUGCUGUUUGGUACUCUUGUCUCACUCCUGAUCCCUGAGACCAAGGGAAUGACGUUGGAGGAGCUUUCAGGUGAGCCGCGUACGAGUUACAAUGCAGGCUGUAAUGGCAGCAUCAGCCUCGGCUCCCCAAAACUAAGGGCAUGGAACCCUUUCCACGGUGGUCAACCUGCAGGAUUCUCGUAUCCUCGAUCGCGACCAGGCCACUUCUCUAAGCAUCGAAAGUCGGACCGUGUUGGAAUCAUGACAUCACCCGAGCUAAUGGCAGAGACGUCUCGACUUCGACGACCCCGUUUCUGGAGGAGACACCGCAAGGCCAAGUCAAGCAACGGAACGAACGAGAUUGCACUAAGCACUCGCAGCUCAGGAACAACAGACGACGACAUCUUCCCAGCAGGUGCUCCGGUGCCCGCUCCGAUGAGCCCCCCGCAACCCCCACCAAGCUGGGGAGCCGGUUGGGGACGUAUCGACAGAGGAGGACCGCCGCCGUUAUUGAACUCGGUGCAGCUGCAGGAUGUCGGCAGCCUGCUCAAAGAAUAA